CAAUUUCGUCAAUCGUACUGUCAUGAGGCUGCUGCAAACCAAAUCUCACGAACUCUUCGAAGCCAGCGAUGUUCCUAUUCCAUUUCCUUCCUAUGCUAUUUUGUCUCACACAUGGAUAUCAUCCAAAGAUGAAAUCACGUACCAAGAUAUGAAAUCAAGAACAGGGGACAUCAAGAAUGGUGUAUACAAGCAGAAGGGCUGGUCAAAAUUGAAAGAUUAUUGCGACCGGGCUUCUAAGGAUGGCUGGAAAUGGGCCUGGAUGGAUACUUGCUGCAUCGACAAGACUAACCCAGCUGAUACUCAAGAAGCCAUCAAUGCCAUGUUCCGAUGGUACCAAAAUGCCGGCGUCUGUUAUGCUCAUUUGAGCGACAUCGAUUCUGCGACGACCAGCCAGAUUCUCUCCCUUAUGGAGGAUACAGGUCUUGGCUCUAGCAUGAACAGCCUUCGAAUAGCCGCCAAGAAUGAAUUCAUCGGUGCUAAAUGGUUCACCAGAGGCUGGACGCUCCAAGAGCUUCUCGCCCCCCACUACCUGAUUUUCGUCGACCGCGGGUGGCGCCACAUGGGUACUCGAGAAAGUUGGGCUCUUGAGAUUGAGAAGGCUAGCAAUAUUGAAGCACGCCAUUUGAAUGCUUUCAAUCCGACGGACUUUGCGUCUUGCUCCACAGCGAUGAGAUUCUCUUGGGCUUCUGGUCGGGAAACGACGGUGGAAGAAGAUGAGUCAUACUCAUUGUUGGGUCUCUUUGGGAUCAGCCUCCCUCUCAUCUACGGUGAAGGGGGAAGACAAGCUUUCAACAGACUGCAGCGGCAGCUUAUUCAUGUCUACCACGACGACUCGGUAUUUGCCUGGAAAAGCUCCCAGCCAGAUCCCAAGCCAGGUGUUGGGAUACUUGCUCGCUCAGUCAAGGACUUUCGGCAUGCUUUCAAGGUUACAGCAGGACAAUACGGCAAUGCAUACUCCAUGACGAACAGAGGCCUGGAAAUCACUUCCAAGUACUGGAGACAGCGAAGCAAUCCCGAUGGCGUGAUUGUGCGUUUGAACUGCAGAAUUGGGUCCGCCUCCGACGCUGAGAAAGAGAUUGGGAUACAUCUCACCCACGACGCUGUAGCCGACGUCUACUCCCGAGCGCGCAUUCAUGAGCUCUGCGAUCUGGGCCACCUUGAUCUCAAUGAUUGGUAUGAAGAACGACGUCGCGAGCCUCUGUUUAUUCGCGCCGAUAACUAUUUGGAGCCGGCUGCGCCUUCAGCUAUGUUCGUUGUAGAACAUCCCGAGCAAAUCCAAAUUGUCGCAACAUACGUCGCCACCUUCGGAAAUUCUUUCACAAACCAUGGAAUACGGCCUUUCAGCAAACUCGCGAAUGAGACAUUUGCUAGUGGAGUUAGAACGAAAGAUCUGUCCAUUGAGCCCAAAAGUGUUGUGUUCUUGAACAUUGAGCUUGAAGAAGAAGGAGUGAAACUACAACUGGAUGUAGCCAUCAGCCUCACGGAAAACUGCUUCCCAUAUGUCGGGAUCUUGAGUCGCGGUGCACACCCAUGGGAACGACUGGCAGAUCCGAUGGAAGACGCUACGUGCAACGCCAUGUACAAUGCAUUGGCAAGUCAUAUCCAUCGAACUCGCCCGUCUGAUUCGACAUAUCCGCUGGGCUACGCGACGGGAAUGGGUAAGCUAUGCAUUUCUACGAACAUCCUCCCCAAGCCCCCACGGAGGAGUGCAGAAAGUGUAGGACGCAGCCUAGAACUACGAGAAUACAUGUUGAGAAUUUCAGUGGCUCAAUUGGAAACAAACACAGGUCAAUAUCUAGAAUCAAGGGCACUAGAUGGUAACGAGAGUGCUGCAAAAAGACAAAGGGUAUCGUAGUUGGGGAGAAAUCUAUUAAUAGCAGGGCUUUGUAAAGUGGUCGCAUAUAAGCAGAGAUGUAAUAAGACGAUCUUAGGUUGAUCUUAUGGGCUCGGCUCAGCUUUGAUAUCGGGUGGAAUCAUAUCUCGUGCCGCGAGAGUCAGUCUCUCGUUCAAAUAGAUCCAAUCCUCAUCCUCAAAACUGGCGUCCUUCUCAAAAGCA